UCCACAUUCCCCUCUCUGUUUCUCUCUCUCUUUGUCACUCACACAGUUUCUUUUGCUCUGUUCUAUUUGUGUCAACUUCCACACUUAUCUUUUCUCCACUGAAAGUUGAAAUUUCUUCAACUUGGGCUUUACUGAAAAUCCAUACCUUAAACCCAAAACAAGAAUUCUCGAUUUGAUUCCCCCAUUUUAGCUUUCGUUUUCUCUUUUGCAGAGCUACUGCCACUUCCAUGGCUCAAAAGCACUUACACGAGCUUUUGAAAGAGGAUCAAGAGCCCUUUCUUCUCACCAAUUUUAUUGCCGACAGACGCUCCCUUCUCAAACGCCCUUCUCUCAAAUCCCAUUUCCAUCUCAAUAACCCAAAACCCAUUUCCCAUUCCUCUGAUUUUCCGGCUAAAUUUUGCAGGAGCGCUUGUUUUUUCUCUUUUAAUCACUCCCCUGAUCUCAUUAACUCAUCCCCGCUCUUUGGGUUUCAGUCUCCGGUUAAAACCCCUUGUCGAAACCCCAAUCCCAUUUUCCUUCAUGUUCCGGCUAGAACGGCUGGACUUCUUUUGGAAGCUGCUCUGAGGAUUCAGAAACAGUCAACGGUUGCGAGAUCCAAAUCCCUUGGGAAAUCGAAUGGGUUGGGAGUUUUGGGUUCUUUUCUUAAGCGUUUGACUCAUCGGGGCCGUGCUCGGAAGCGAGAGAUCGACGGAGAUGGUCGGAAAAAUGACCCCCGCGAUGGCCCGCCAUUGCCGGCGAAAAUGGCGAUUGAGGAGAACGAGAACGAGAACGACUCUGUUUCUCGGCUAAGUAAUGUAACAGGCUUUGAUUUCUGUGACAGUAAUUUAUGCGAUAGCCCUUUUCGAUUUGUGCUUCAAUCGAGCCCUUCCCCCGGUCACCAGACGCCGGAGCUCGCUUCGCCAGCGUCUUCUCCGGCUCGUCUAGACCAUCAGGCCAAUGAUGUAGAGGGCUUGAAAAAAUUGCCGGUCGAGGAUGAGGAGGAAGAGAAAGAACAGAGCAGUCCCGUGUCGGUAUUGGAUCCUCCGUUCGAGGACGAUGAUGAAGGACAUUACGAGGAUGGUGAAGAUGAGGAUGAUUACAAUUUGGAACGUAGCUUCGCCAUUGUACAACAGGCGAAACAUCAGCUACUGAAAAAACUUCGACGAUUCGAGAGGCUAGCAGAACUAGACCCAGUAGAACUUGAGACAUUUUUAUUAAAAGACGAGGACGAGGACGAAGACGAGGAUGACGAUGACAUUGAUCAUCUCAAGGAAGAAGAAGACUACAAAAAGGACAUCAAAGAACACGACAUAGAGGCCAAUGACAGUUCAAGGUUCCAAAUUCCUCACCGACCCGCCAGAGAUAUGACGACACUUGUCUGCAAUCUCGUUACUGAGGAAGAGAGAGACUUAGUUGUGAUCGAGAAGAGAGAAGAGAUGAUGAAGGGAAUGUACGUGAGAUCAGAUUUGUGGAAACGAGUGGACUCGAACGCUAUCAACGUGAUGGUGGGGCAAGACUUGAAAGAAGAGGUUGAUGGGUGGAAGAGAAAUAAGGAGCAGAGAAGAGAAAUAGCCAUAGAAAUAGAGGUUGCAAUCUUCAGCUUGCUGGUGGAGGAAAUGCAACCUGAACUACAUUAACUGCAAUUGAGUGAGUCCACAAAAACAAUAUUUUAAGUUUCCACAAAAAUAAUCUCUAGAUUUUUAAUUACUUUUAGGAAUAUAUAAUCUGACUUUAAGAGCAUAGGUUUAAGUUUAACACCUCUUAAGUAGAAAGAUUAGGAUGAAAGGGACAUCACUAUGAUUUGUAAAUUCAUUAUCCCUCCAUAUAUUAUCAUCUUCAAUUUUAAUUUUUGAAAUGCCCAUUUCCCCCCUUCUUCUCCUC